AUGGGUUGCGCCCGGGGCAAUGGGUCCUACCGGAGGCGCUCCAAGGGGCUGCUGCUGGCAGUGCGUGUCCCCCGGCUGAUGGUUCCUGUCCCCGCACAGUUCGAGCAGAUCUUGGACUCCGAACUGGCCCUCUUGGCCGGGCUGGCCGCGCGCCUCGAGGACAUCGGCCGGGUGCAGCUGGAGGCGGAGGCCGUGCGGGCGCAGCUCUCCGAGCAGAAGCUGCUCUCCGCCGAGAUCCUGCACCACAGGGGGCUGGUGGAGCGCCUGCUGGCUGUGGCGGCCCCACUGCUGCAGCGCUGCCCUGAGCCCCUGCAGCAAUGCCUGCAGCCCUCUGUGCAAGCGCUGCGGGAGCGCACGGAGCAGCUCUCUGCGCGCAGCGCGGCCUGCGCCGUGCAGCUGGAGCACACCCAGGCACUGCUGGCCCAGUUUGCCGAGGCGCACGAGGAGCUGGCGCCCUGGCUGGCGGAGACGCUGCUCACGGCACAGCAGCUCUCCCCCAGCGCCAUCAGCUACGAGGCCUUCAAGGAGCAGCAGGUGCUGCUGCAGGGCCUGCGGGAGGUGAUAGCGGAGCACCGGCCGCUGAUGGGACCCCGGCCCUGCCAGGCCAUGCAUGCACCUGAGUGCAUCCCCGUGCACGCAGCAUCCCUGUGCAUGCAGCAUUCCUGUGCAUUGAUCCAGGAGCGCACGGAGCGGCUGCUGUCGCAGUGGAGCAGCCUGCGGAGCCGCUGCGAGGAGCGGGAGCGCCGGCUGCGGGAGCUGCUGGCCCUGGCCGACCGCUUCUGGCAGGGGCUCUCGGAGCUGGCGCUGACACUGGGCGACACGCAGCAGCUGGUGCUGGGCCUGGAGGAGGCGGGCGCCGAGCCCGAGGCCGUGCGCGCGCGGCUCCGCACCAUGCAGGCGCUGCGUGAGGACAUCGACGCCCUGCAGGGUGAGCUGGACACGCUGGGCAUCCUCGGCAUGGAGCUGGUGUCUUCCUGCGGGGACCCCGACAAGCCCGACGUCACCAGGAGUCUGGAUGAGCUCUACUCCUCUUGGCACGGCCUGAGCAAGGGGUGGACGGAGCGGCCCGGCCGCCCCGGGGGAGUUCAAGAGGGAGCUCUACCAGUGCAAGGUGGACGUGGAGAGCCUGCAGCACCAGGCGGGCCCGGGCGGCGCCGGGCACCAGCCCCGCGUAUCGCCUUCCGCCAGCGCUGGGACCACCUGGAGGAGGAGAUCGUCAGCCGGCAGCACCAGCUGGAGGCGGCGCUGCUGGGCCUGGGCCAGUUCCAGCACCAGCUGGAGGAGCUGCUGCAGUGGCUGUCCCGCACCUCAGAGCAGCUGCAGGGCCCGACCCUGCUGCGCCUCGACCUGCAGAGCUGCGAGAUAGAGCUGGCCAAGCACAAGGUGCUGAGGAACGACGUGAUGUCCCACGCACGCACGGUGCAGUCGGUGAACGAGGCCGGUCAGGGCUUGCUGCUAUCCAGCCUGGGCGAGAGUGUGGAGGGGCUGCAGCGCAGCCUGCAGCAGCUCAACCAGCGCUGGGACGCGGUGCAGAGCGAGACCGAGAGCCGCCAGCUGGAGCUGGAGAACAACCUCAGCCAGGUGCAGGACAUCACGCUGGAGAUCACCGAGCUGCUGCAGUGGCUGGAGCAGGUGGAGCUGCAGCUCUUCUUCUCCAAGCCAGCAUGGGGCCACCCGGAUGCCACCAAAGAGGAGCUUGCCACACACCUGGAGCGCCUGGCCGAGGGGCUGACGGCCACCACCGAGUUCCACGGCGCCAUGCAGGAGCUGCUGCGCUGGAUGGGCCGCGCCGAGGAGGCGCUCGCCUGCCCCGCGCCCCCCAGCUGCCUGCUGGACACUGUCACCGCGCAGAUCCAGGAGCACAAGGCCCUGGUGAAGGAGGCGCAGGCGCACGGGGAGCAGCUCGGCGGUCUCGAGGCUGUUGCGUCCCGCCUGAAGGACUUCAGCCGGAAGCAGGAUGGGGCCGUGAUCCAGAACCUGGUGCUGACGGCCCGGGAGCUGCUGGCCAAGGUGCUGCAGCGUGCUGCGGAGCGCGGAGCCGCGCUGGAGGAGGCCCGCAAGCGCACCAAGCAGUUCAGCGAGUCCCGACGGCUGCUGCUCGACUGGAUGGAGGAGGGGGAGCAGAGCCUGGAGCUGCCCCCCGACACGGCCGGCAGCCAGGAGGAGAUCAAGUGCCAGCUGGCUGAGCACAAGGCCUUCCAGAAGGUGCUGCGCUCCAAGCGCCCCGUGUAUGAGGCGACGCUGCGCAGCGGGCGGGCGCUGCGGGAGCGAGCGCAGCUGCCCGAGGACCUGCAGCCGCUCGAGGAGCUGCUGGGGGAGCUGCGGGAGCGCUGGGACGCCCUGUGCAGCCGGGCUGCAGAGAGGCAGCACAAGCUGGAGGAGAACCUGCUCUUCUCGGGCAAGUUCACGGAUGCACUGCAAGCCCUCAUGGACUGGCUGUACCGGGCUGAGCCACAGCUCAGUGAGGACGUGCCCGUCGGAGGGGACCGGGACCUGGUCAGCGACCUCAUGGACAAGCACAAGAUCUUCCAGAAGGAGCUGGGCAAGCGCGCUGGCUGCAUCAAGAUGCUGAAGCGCUCGGUGCGCGACCUGACGCGUGGCAGCAGCAGCGUGGACUCACAGUGGCUGCAGCGGCAGGUGGAGGAGCUUGGCGCCCGCUGGGACCUGGUCUGCAAGCUCUCCGUCUCCAAGCAGGCCCGGCUCGAGGCCUCGCUGCGGCAGGCGGAGGAGUUCCACAGCCUCGUGCACGCCUUCCUGGCGCGCCUGGCCGAGGCAGAGACCACCCUCAAGUACGGCGUCUUCCCCGAGGAGGAGGCAGCCGUGCAGGAGUGCCAGCACCAGCUGCAGGAGCUGCGGCAGUCGCUGCAGUGCCAGCAGUUGGAGCUGGAGUGCAUCAGCUCGCUGGGCGAGGAGAUCCUGGCCGCCUGCCACCCCGAUGCCAUCGUCACCAUCAAGUCUUGGGUCACUGUGGCCAAGAGCCGCUUCCAGGAGGUGCUGAGCUGGGCACAGCAGCAGGGCGAGCGGCUGCAGGGGCAGGGGCUGGAGGAGUUUGCGCACUUCGACUUCGGGGUCUGGCGGAAGCGCUACAUGCAGUGGAUUGGCCAGAUGAAGUCCCGGGUCCUGGACAUCUUCCGGGGCAUCGACCGGGACCAGGAUGGGCGCAUCAGCCAGCGGGAGUUCAUCGAGAGCGUCCUUGCCUCCAGUGAGCAGGCAGUGCCGGCAUGGGGCGUGCAGGACGGGGUGCCGCUUCGCAGGGCUGAUCCUCCCCAUCCUGCAGAGUUCCCCACCAAUGUGCUGGAGAUGAAGGCCGUGGCGAGCAUCUUCGACCUGAACGGCGACGGCUUCAUCGACUACUGCGAGUUCGUCAGUGCCCUGCACCCGACUCGGGACCCGCUGCGCCGCAGUGCCGAUGCUGACCGUAUCCAGGAUGAGGUGAACAGGCAGGUGGCCCAGUGCAACUGUGCCAAGCGCUUCCAGGUGGAGCAGAUCAGUGCCAACAGGUACCGGUUCGGGGAGUCGCAGCAGCUGCGGAUGGUGCGGAUCCUGCGCAGCACCCUCAUGGUGCGGGUGGGUGGUGGAUGGAUCGCGCUGGACGAGUUCCUGGUGAAGAACGACCCUUGCCGAGUGAAGGGAAGGACCAACCUGAAGAUCAACGAGAAGUACCUGUCCCCAGAUGCCUUGGGGGCCGCCGCGGCCAAGUGCGCGGGGAACCAGUCGGCCCCCUCCUCCAAGGUGCUGUCCCCAAGCCGCUCCAGCUCCAGCCUCAGCCUCUACAGCAGCGCCUCGGCCCCUAGCAGCCCCCUGGCCCGCAAGGCAGCCACUGGCUCCAUCUCUGACCCUGUGAGGAGCAGGCAGGUGUCUGUCACAGAAGCUGUGAACCUGGGGCUGGUGGGGCUGGAGCUCAAAGAGAGGCUGCUCGCUGCGGAAAAAGCUGCCACUGGCUUCAUGGAUCCUUACACAGAAAAGAAGAUCCCCCUGUACCAGGCCAUGCAGAAGGACCUGAUUGGGAGGGAGCAAGGCACCCGGCUGCUCGAGGCCCAGAUUGCAACUGGAGGCAUCAUUGACCCAGACACUGGCCACCGGCUUCCAGCAGAAGUUGCCUGUGAGAGGGGAUAUUUAGAUGAAGAAACACUGCAGCUCCUCUCUGACCCCAGCAAUGAGGACAGCAAAGGGUUCCUGGACCCCAGCACCAUGGAGAAAGUCACCUAUCUGGAGCUUGUGAAGAGGUGUGUUACUGAUCCAACCUCGGGCUACCUCCUCUUGCCUCUGAAAAUCACAUUCCCAGCGCUGGGAGGAAGGGUGAGCAGCAGAGAGCUGCUGGACUCCGGCAUCAUCAGCUCCAGUGUGUUCAGAGAUCUUGAGGAGGGAAAAGUGUCUGUCCAGGAGGUAGCAGAGAAUGACUCUGUCCAGCAGUUCCUGCAUGGGACAAGGAGCGUGGCUGGUGUUGUUCUGCCUUCUGGUGAACGGAAGAGCCUCUACCAAGCACUGAGAGAGCAUCUCCUCGUGCCUGGUGCUGCACUGAUGCUCCUACAGGUCCAGGCCUCCAUUGGCAGUCUGACAGACCCCAUAAAGAACAAAAGUUUCUUGGUUGAUGAGGCUGUCAAGACUGGUCUCGUUGGCCCAGAGCUUUAUGAGAAACUGUCUUCAGCUGAGAGAUCCAUCACCGGGUACAGGGAUCCCUGCACCGGGGAAACACUUUCCCUGUUCCAAGCCAUCAGGAAGGGCUUCAUCCCCAGGGACCACGGUAUUUGCCUUCUGGAGGCUCAGAUGGCCACGGGGGGCAUCAUCGCUCCAGGCAGGCACCUCCGUGUCCCCACAGACACAGCUUGCAGGUGGGGCUACCUGGACGAGGCCAUGAGGCAGCUCCUCUUCAGUCCUACUGAUGACAUGAGAGGGUUCUUCGACCCCAGCUCCCAGGAGAAGCUUACCUACACGGAGCUGCUCAAGAGAUGUGUCACCGAUCCAGACACAGGGCUUCUCCUGCUGCCCCUUUGUGGAGACAGUGGAGAGGAGCCCAAGGAAAACUGCCUCUUCAUUGAUCGCAGAACCCAAAUAGCUCUGGAAAGCACAAAGGUGCCCGUUGCUUUUGGUAAAUUCAAGGGAAAGUCGGUUUCUCUCUGGAAACUCCUCUUCUCAGAUUUCAUGCCAAGGGAGAGAAGAGUCACUCUCACCCAGCAGUACUGUGCAGGAGCACUCUCCACGCAAGAACUCGUUAAGAUGGUCAGUGCCACUGUUGAGGAAAUGGCUUCCACUGCUAAUGUCACCUUUGAAGGCCUGAGGGACAGGGUUACAGCUGACCAACUCCUAAGUUCUGAAAUCAUCAACAAAGACUUAUUUAAGAAGUUGAAAGAGGGAGAAACAUCAGCCAAAGAAGUUGUCAGCAUGGACACAGUCAAGAAAUACCUGGAAGGGACAGGAAGCAUUGGUGGGUUACUACUUCCUGACUCCCAGGAGAAGAUCAGCAUCUACCAGGCAAAGAGGAAGGGGCUUUUAAGGCCAGGAACAUCACUGAUCCUCCUGGAGGCACAGGCUGCCACUGGUUUUAUCAUUGAUCCAGCUGCCAACAAAAGGUAUUCUGUGGAUGAGGCUUUAAGAGCAAAUGUCAUUGGCCCAGAUGUGUAUGACAAGCUGCUGACUGCUGAGAAAUCAGUCACUGGCUACAGAGAUCCAUACUCGGGGAACAAGAUCUCCCUCUUCCAGGCCAUGAAGAAGGAGUUCAUAGUGAAAGAGCAUGCUAUCCGUCUGCUCGAGGCCCAGAUUGCCACCGGCGGCAUCAUCGACCCUGUCAAUAGCCAUCGCAUCCCUGUGGAGGUGGCCUACAAGCGGGGGUACUUUGACAGGAAGAUUAAUUUGAUCCUUUCUGAUCCCAGUGAUGACACGAAAGGUUUCUUUGACCCCAACACACACGAGAACCUCACAUACCUGCAGCUGAAGGAGAAGUGCAUCACGGAGCCAUCUACCGGGCUCUGCCUCCUCCCUCUGAACAGCAAGAAGUUUGCAUUUAAGGGUCUGAGAAAAAGGGUAUCUGCCAGUGACCUCUUCCAGUCUCAUCUGAUAGACAAAAAAACACUUGAUGAGCUCCAUCAGGGAAAGAAAACAGUCGAAGAAGUUACUGAAAUGGACUCUGUCCGCAGAUACCUGGAAGGAAGCAAUUUCAUUGCAGGAGUCCUUAUACAGCCAAGCAAUGAGAAGAUGGGCAUCUACCAGGCCAUGAGGAAGGGCAUCCUGAGGCCAGGAACAGCACUGGUGUUGCUGGAGGCACAGGCUGCCACUGGCUUCGUCAUUGACCCAGAGAAAAACAAGAAGUUUUCCGUGGAGGAAGCAUUAACUUCAGGUCUAAUUGGAAUAGAGAUUUUUGAAAAGCUGCUCUGUGCAGAAAGAGCUGUGACUGGCUACACAGACCCAUACACAAAAGCUCCAAUGUCUCUCUUUGAAGCCAUGAACCAAGGACUAAUUGUGAAGAGCCACGGCAUCCGCUUGCUCGAGGCCCAGAUCGCCACUGGUGGCAUCAUUGACCCUGUGCACAGCCAUCGUGUCCCUGUGGAGGUGGCCUACCAGCGUGGCUACUUUAAUCAGGAGAUGAACCAGAUCCUCUCCGACCCCACGGAUGACACCAAAGGCUUCUUUGACCCCAACACACAUGAGAAUCUCACCUACAUGCAGCUUCUGGAGAGAUGUGUCCAAGACUCAGAGACUGGGCUAUACAUGCUCCAAGUUGUACAGGAAGGGGGAAGAUACUUCUACAUUGAUGAGUCAACAAGACAGUUCUUGCAGUCAAAGCCUGUCAAGGUGAAAGUUGGAAAGUUUAAGGACCAAACAGUUUCCAUCUGGGAGAUUCUCUGCUCUCAUUACAUCUCCGAGCAGAAAAGAAAAGACUUAGUAAAACAAUAUAAAUACAAAACCUUAACACUGGAAGACCUUAUAGCCCUUAUCCUCAAAAUAAUUGAGGAUACAGAACAAAGAACAGAAGCCCUUAAGGUUAAAGGUCUACGGGGGGACGUGUCGAUAUCAGAACUGUUUAACUCUGAGAUACUUGACAAGAAAACUCUGGAUCUGCUGCAGGAUGGAAGUCUUACUCUCGACAGCCUCACAAAGAUGGACAAUGUCAGAAGGUACCUGGAUGGCACAGGAUGCAUCGCCGGUGUUCUGCUCCCAUUAAAGAAAGAGAAGAUGAGCAUUUACCAGGCCCUGAAGAGGGGCCUCCUCACCGAGCAGUGUGCACUGGGGCUGCUGGAGGCACAGGCUGCCACUGGUUUUCUCAUUGACCCACUGAGAAAUAAGAAGUUCUCUGUGGAUGAUGCCAUCUCAGCUGGGCUAGUGGGCAAGGAGUUACAUGAGAAGCUCCAGUUAGCAGAGAAAGCUGUGACGGGAUAUACUGAUCCACACACAGGGAAGAAAAUAUCCCUUUUCCAGGCCAUAAGGGAAAAGAUAACAACCAAGGAGCAUGGUAUUCAAUUGCUUGAGGCCCAGAUUGCCACUGGUGGCAUCAUUGACCCCGUGCACAGCCACCGCGUUUCUGUAGAAGUGGCCUACCGGAAAGGCUACUUGAAUGAAGACAUGUUUCUCCGAGUUUCUGAUGCAGAUCAUGGCAGCAAAGGAUUUAUAGAUCCAAAUACUAAUGAAAAAAUGAGUUACAGUCAGCUCCUGCAGAGAUGUUCGAAAGACAGAGAAACAGGAUUCUACUUGCUGCAAGUUAUGGAAAAAGAAGAAGACUAUUUCUACAUUGAUGAGCGCACAAAAAAUAUACUACUAUGCACCAUGGUACAAGUGCCUGUUGGAAAAUACAAAGGACAGAUGUUAUCUUUGUGGGAACUGCUCUGUUCUGAAUACAUCACGGAGGAGAAGAGGAAAGAAUUGGUGAAAAAAUAUAAACAUGACUCCCAUAAUAUUCUACAACAAAUCAUUGAUACAAUACUGAAUAUCAUUAAAGAAAAAGAGGAGGGACGAAGUGAUCUUUGGUUCCAAGGUAUUAGACAACAAAUAACAGCAUCAGAACUUCUCAGUGCACAAAUAAUCACAAAAGAAACAAUGGAAAAGCUGCAGGAAGGAAAAGAGACAGUACAAGAUAUAGCUCAAAAAGAUAGUGUGAGAAGAUACCUUGAAGGAACUGGAUGUAUUGCUGGCGUUCUGGUGCCGUCCAAGGUCGACCCUGCCAAGGUGGAGAAGAUGAGCAUCUAUCAGGCUAUGUGGAAAGGCAUCCUUAGGCCAGGGACAGCACUGGUGCUGCUGGAGGCGCAGGCUGCGACAGGGUUCAUCACUGAUCCACUCAAAAACAGGAACCUCUCAGUGGACGAAGCCAUCUCCUCGGGGCUGGUGGGCAGCGAGCUACAGAAAAAACUUCUCUGUGCAGAGCGAGCUGUGACAGGCUACAAUGACCCAGCAACUGGACAAAAAAUCUCCCUCUUCCAGGCCAUGAAG